AUGAUUAGGAAACAAGCAAGAGAAAGAAGAGAAUAUUUAUACAGAAAGUCUCUUGAGUUACAAGAAUCCAGUUUAACGGAGAAAAGACAGCAGUUGAAGGCAGCUUUGGCUUCUGGUAAACCAUUGUCUAAAGAAUUAGCAGAAGACAAAGAAUUACAAAAAGAUUUUAUCUACGACGAAAGUGAACAGACUGAAAUAGAUGAUGAAUAUCUGGCAUUAUCUGGUAUAAGUGAGCCAAAAGUUUUAAUCACCACAUCUAGAAAUCCAUCUGUCAAGCUCUUGCAAUUUUCCAAAGAGAUUAAACUUAUGUUUCCAAAUUCGAUCAAGUUAAAUAGAGGUAACUAUGUGAUAACUGAUUUAGUUGCCACAUGUCAGAGAGUUCAAAUAAGUGAUUUGAUAAUAUUGCAUGAACAUAGAGGUAUACCAACCUCAUUAACCAUAUCACAUUUCCCACAUGGACCAAGUAUCAUUUUUACAUUGCACAACGUCAAAUUAAGACACGAUUUACCAGAAAUCGGUAAUUCUUCAGAAUCGUACCCACAUUUGAUAUUUGAAAACUUCACGAGUGAAUUGGGUAAGAGAGUUGUAAAAAUCAUGAAGCAUUUAUUUCCACCUGGAGUUAAAAAGGACUCUUCUAGAGUUAUUACGUUUAUUAAUAAUGAUGAUUUUAUUUCGGUAAGACAUCACAUGUAUGUUAAAACGAAGGAUACAGUUGAACUAAGUGAGGUGGGUCCUAGAUUUGAAAUGAGAUUGUAUGAGUUGAGAUUAGGAUUGCUUGAUAAUAAGGAUAGCGAAGUCGAAUGGCAAUUGAGAAGAUUCAUCAGAACCGGUAAUAGAAAGAAUUAUUUAGGUUAA